AGAGUUAGUGUCAUCGGAAGCGAUGGCAACGGAUCUGAUGGCAAGCGAUCGCCAAAUGAACGGUUCGUCCACUGAAUGCCAAACCGAUGCCAACACUCACUGCAAUCAAAACCAAUCCCUUAAGGAUUGUAUUCAACAGACAAUCAGCGACAAAACGAAGAAAAGGAUCACUAAUAUUAUUAAUGAGAUCGAAGAGUUCAAUGAUAUCGAAAAGCUAUUACUUUAUAUACAAUUACCAAAUGGUUCGGCACAAGAACUCGAUCCUCUCAAACAGAAAGGACCGGGCAAUCCGUUUGGGAAGAAGGCGGACAUAGAAGUGGCGCAAACAUACACUUGGAUUCAAAGCCAUUUAGAAGAGGAUUCGACCGUUUCUUUGCCCAAACAGGAGGUUUACGAAGAGUACAAAGUGUUCUGUGAGGCCAAUAAGUUUGAACCCCUCUGUGUGGCCGACUUCGGCAAAGCUAUGAAACAUGUUUUCCCGAAAGUGAAACCCCGACGACUCGGCCAGAGAGGGAACUCCAAGUACUGCUAUUCAGGGCUUCGCAAGAGGCUCAACAUCGAGGCGCCAGAGUUGCCUAUUCUGGAUACCAGUGAUUACGAGUCCAUUAAAAGCAAUAAACAUUGGAAUAAAGAGAAAAUCGGUGUUUUAGGCGAUGAAUCGUCCGUUGAGAACGAUGUUAUAAUCUCGUGGGCGACCAAACUGUUGAACAGAAAUUUUGAUUCACUGCAAGAUUUGGCACAAUUUAUAAUCACUUCGAACUCGUUUGAUGUCUCACUAAACGAGAAGGUAUUUAUGAAAGCGAAUGAUGAGAAACAGAGCUUCAAAACCAAUGCAAAGUCAGUGAAUGGUUUGCGAAGACGAGACAUUCAAAACCAAUUGCAGCGAAAGAUCUACGAAAAGGAGGCCAUAAGAGAGCAAAAGAGACGAACAGAUCUCAAGUGUUUGGAUAAUAAUUCAAAAGUCAAUCCAAGUUCUGCCGCGAAAUCCAUUCGUAAGAAUCGCAAGAACAGCGCCUCGAAGUCGGAGUCGUUUGAAUCGAUCACUUCUUUGUAUUUACAAAAUGCCAUAAAAAUUAAAAAAGAGCCCGAAUUCGAGUUCUCUUCUAAUUUAAUACCCAAUAAAACUCAAACUAAAGUUGCGAUUCCCCGAACGGUGACGCCGUCUCGUAUGAGCCAACCCGCCAUUUCCAGUAUAAUACUAGUGCCCACCACUACAGUGAGACUCGGAUCGCCUCAAUCGACAAUUUGUAAUGAAAACACGGCCACAACAACGGUCUCUACAAUCACUACUUCACCCCUUAAGCCAAACACUCCUAAAUACAAACGAAUUCAACCAAAACCGGUAAAUAUCUGUCGAUCCGACUCCGAGUCCGCCGUUUCUGCGAAUAAUGGGAACGAAAUGUGCGAAACAUUCAAUUCUAUCGCCAAACGAAGGCAUUCGGUGUCCGUUCCGAUCGGCAAAGAAACCAAAUUAAAGCAAAUGGAAGUCUAUGUCGACAAACAAAUACAACCAAAGAGACAAAUGGAAGAGAAAGAGUCGUCAGUUUUGGCCACAAAGAAGAGACACAUCGAUAAUAUUAAUACAAUAAAUACAAUGGUAUCCAACAGUACGAACAGCAGUGGUUUCGAUGACGCGAAUUCCAGCACAAGUUUGUCACCAAUUUCUCAGGAAAUGCAAACAAUCAAUAAUAUGGUUAAUUCGGACAUUCGGAUACACGAUCUCGAGUCGGAAGCGCUUAUGGAUUACUUGUCGUUUAACGUGACCAAUGGAAACAAAGAGCACUGGGAGGCCAGCAGUAGUAAUAGCCAUCAAACGGCACAACUUUCACAACUUAGAAAACUUCUUGAAAAUCAUUUGCCCAAUCAAUUGAGUGCUAAAACAGGAGCACAAAAGUUGGCCGAAACUGUUCCGCUGGAGGGCUACUCAGAACUUAGAGAAGCGCUUCUCCGCAAGAAUUUAAACAAUUCUGUUCAAAGUUAUGGCGGACUCAAGAAUUCUGUCGAUUCAUGUGAACAAACAAUCGGUUCCAUUGUUAGCGCUAAAGAAGCCGAGUGUCCGAAGAAUCGACAAAUGGACGGAACGGUUCGGUCACCUCUUCAAGAUAUGCACUCUCUGUCGUCCACAGUCUCUGUAAAGACUUCGCAAUUUACAAACGGAGACUAUUUUAAUGGGAAUCUGUUCAACGAAAACAAGAAC